GGUGUUGUCUUUUGUUUUCACUUAUUUUUUUUUGCUCCACAACCCACGACAAACAUAUGUACCUUUGUUCCGUGACUAUACACAGCACUCAAAGGAGGCCGAGGAUGAUCCUCUACCUGAAAAGCACGAAGAGAACAUGGACGAAGACAAAGAGGAUGGAGACAAAGAGCAUGAAGACAAAGAGGAUGGAGACGAAGAUGAUUAUGUUGCGGAUGAGGACAAUGAUGAUUAUGUUGCAGAAAAACAAAAAUACGAUGAUGUUGCAGAUGGAGACACAAAGGAUGGUGCUGCAGAUGGAGACAAAGAGGAUGAUGAUGCAGAUGGAGACAAAGAGGAUGAUGCUGCAGAUGGAGACAAAGUGGAUGAUGAUGCAGAUGGAGACAAAGAGGAUGAUGCCAAGUAUGGAGGCAGAGGAUACACAAAAUAUGAAAUACACUCUGAGCAACAAUCAUCGGAGGAAAACAACCUGCAGGAUUAUAUAGUCAAUGAUGAACAUCAAGAUCGAGAUAAAUCUUUUGAAGAUCUGAGAUAAGAUAGUCAUCAAUUGUCGCGUGAAAGGAAUAAUAUCCUUUAGAAUGAGCAAGGAAACAGUGCAAUUUCAAAGU